AACAGGUGUGUGCCGGAAAAAAUGUUUUUCUAUUUAUUUUCCAUACAUAAACGUUAAAUAAACAUUUUGUGUUAUUGUAAAAUAACAUACGUGUCUAUUAAUAAGUUUGAUGUCACAUAAGUUAUAGAAUAUUAGUAUUUGAGUGAUAAAAACGUGUUGGGCAUUAAAUUUGCUUUGGGUUGAAAUAAUGACAAAUUACGACAGUUUGACAAAGAAUCAGAAAAUUCAAGCUACUUUGCACCGUGAUGUUCGCGCCAUUUGUACAGAGACAUGCCAUUUCCUUGGGUUAGAAAUCACUAAACCAGCUAUGGAAAUAAUAGCUGAAUUAGUACAUAAAAAACUGUCCGUUUAUGGAGCAGAUUUGGAAGCUUUUGCCAAACAUGCCAAGCGGUCAACAAUAAACGCGGAAGAUGUCAAACUUUUGGUUAGAAGAAAUCCUUCAUUGAAAGCGCACCUUAGCACUAUCACUCCCGCUCCAAGCUCAGUCGUGAAAGAGAAGCGACGGAAGACGGUCGCGACGCCCGUAGUGAGACCAAUGGACACACCUGCAAAACCCAAGGAACCUGAGAAAGAAGAUGUUGCGAAGACAAACAAAACAGACGAAGUUGAAGAUAUGGCAAUUGAUGGUACUAUUGAUUUGACGUUUGAUUAA